UCCCACUCGUCGUUCUUGGCCGCGGCCGGCUCGCGCUCAUUCACUUCAGUCCUCAGCCGACUAUCGCGGCGAACGCACGCGACGAUUUACGCGCCUCCGAUGUUAGUUUACGAUUACGACAUCGCGUCGCAACACGGAAUUUCGCCGUGACAUUGAAUAUAACUAUCUCGAAUAUGGGUUAAACGACCCCGUAGACGAAAUGAGUCCGGGCGAGCGCGCCGCCUUAGGGCGCCGCGAAGCCCCUCGCCCUCACUAUGCGGCCACCGCACCGGGUUUCCCGCCACCGUAUUAUCCGCCCUAUGGUGUACCACAUCCGAAUGCAUGGCUAGGAGCACCCCUUAUAUCUAUGGCAGGACGUACACCGCCGCCUCGUGAAAACCCUGUAUCUAAGCUUGCGAUGCAUACACAGGGCGCUCCUCUUAUAAUACAAAAUAGACACGAUCGUAGAAAAUACACUACCAUACCUGAACAACGAAAUCAUCGCCCCGUGGGACAUACAGAAAAUUUUACGAAAGACAGAGGUGAUGCGUCUGAAAACAACAGGCCAAGAAAUCAACAUCAUCAACAACAUCAACAACAAACACGUCCAUCACGAAGCGGCCGUAACAACAACACGGAUGCAGUUAGCGUAGCGAGCGAUGAAAGUUCCGGCUCUACGAAUUCUGAAACAAUGCUGCCGAGAAUCAUAAAACCGCGAAAGCGACGUAAAAAGGAUAGAAAACCCAAUAAUAUGGUACCACAUGAAUUAACAUCCGCAGUAUUGGAUCUAGGCGAUGUCGAACAUUGUGCAGUUACAAAUAUGGGGUCAACGGCGCACGGUGUUUACGAGGAAUCUUAUUGCCGUGAUAUAUCGUUGCCCUAUCGUUUAGACGUAAAAGUGUUAGAUUACCCGGAUCCAGCGCCAGAGACUUAUAGAGUAUCUGCUUUAGGUGAAGCUUUGGAGGCUACGCGUUUUGGAUUAGUAGAGGCAGCUUCACCGUCAGAAUCUGCUGUCAGUUCAUGUCAGUGUCGUUAUUGUGAUCCCGUCGGACAGAUUUGGGAUGCUGAUUCAAUAGCCCAUUUAUUGGAUGAAAAUUCUAGUGUAGAUUUUGCCCCGACGAAAUUAGAAGAGUCGAUGAAAAUUGUCGGUCCAUUAGGCAGGCGUGGCGCCGAUACGAUGUUAAGAAGAAGUUGGAGUGAUCCUUCUGCGCGAGUUCCGGAAAGAAAAGUGAAUAAUAGUGACACGAUGUCGGCUCCAAAUCUUUAUUCUUUAUUCCCACCUCCGAGACGAACCAGUUUUCCAGAGCCUAGGUCGCCAUUGGCUUUGGAAAUAUCGUCAGAGAUUGUUACUUCGAUAAACGGACACCGUGACUUGGAAAUUAAGUUAUUUUCGACCUCGCCCCCGGCCUCGACCUCCGAACGUCGUUCUUUCUUCGACGAUAAAAGUGAAAGUGCCGUUAACGAUAGAUGUGCGAACACAAACACAAAGCAGAAAGCAAACAGUGCAGUGAGUAGUGAAAAGAUGGUGUCGAGUGCAAACAAUAAUCAAAAAAGUGGAAAUAUGGAUUCGGGAUGCAUAAAGGCACUACUAACUGGCGAUAAUUCGCGCAACAUUUGUGAUUUAGCCUUAGUUUCUGUCUGAGGUCUUCGAUGACCAUGUUUAUAAUAAUUAUAACAUUUGGAAGCGUAUGAUUACCAGUCCAGGGGCUUUACGCUCGCCAUUUGAGCUGGACUCAAAUUUUCAUAGCGAGGCAAACACGGAGCGUCUCAACGCGACCCUAUGAUAUUGAGAUCUCCGAAUCGGUUUCCUGUAGAUCCUAUAAUUAAUUUAUUUUUUAACCAUAGUUUAUGAAACUGAAAUGAAACUUUGUCUGGAAAUUUUAUAAGUUGUGAUUCGCCGUUAUGACUAAAUUGUGUCGUUCAUUAGUGGGAGAUAUAAUUCUGGGAGUGUUAUGUUGAUGAAGAGCGUGAUAAAUACGUAAAGAUUAUUAUGCCAGUAAUAAAUAUAAUUAAUGUUUCAAUAUUGUAUUGUCCUAACUUAUUUACAAUUAGCGUUUCACACUACUGACACGGUUGCGGAUGCGUGCUCACUAUUGCGGUUUCCCGAGGUUUUCACCGCACUCCGUUCCGGGUGGCGCCUCGUGCGCACCGGUUCAUAGCGUUAAUGACUCUUUUUUUUUCAUUUCUACUCGUGGCUCACUUUUACCAUAACCGUUUAUCUUGACGACCUCCUGGUCUUGAAAACUAAUGGCCUUAAAUACUAAGCUGUUAAUUUAUAAUUUAAUACUACACGUUAAUACGUAAAUUACAACUAUCUAUGCGCUAUCAUAAUUUUUUCUACCAUCAUACUCAAGAAGCAACAACUGUAUUAUAUUUUUUAUUGCACAUAAUUGAAUAUUUAAUAGAACGGUAUUCAUACAUCACCGGCUACAUAUUUUUCAACAAUACAUUCAUAUCACGAUCUUGUUUGUUUUUAAAUAAUAUAUUUUUUAGUUUAAACAUUAUUCAUCGAAUUCAUACAAAACUAUAUGUAUUUUUAUUUUUUUAUUUAAAAAAUGAUAGUCGACUUUUAGCGCCUUCAAAGUUUAAACUUAAACAGUGUACAGCUACCGAUGUAAUCGUAUAGUUUUUAUGGAAAUUUAUAGUGAUAAAAAAUUAGAGCCAUAUUUUAGUUUCAAUAAGACGUCGUUUUUACUUUAACAUUAAUUAGAUACACGAAGACGCGCUGAUAAAAAAAUACGAUAUUUUUUUUAACAUUCUGUUAUCAUUGUUUGUCGUACAAGCAAGCAGUUCAUUAACACUAAAUUUCUGUCCAUAAGAACACUAUAAUUUUCUUAUCGUCUUUUUAUAAUAUAUAAAGAUUUUAGUCCUGAAUAGAAAUAUAUUAUUUUACGUGUCUAUAUUCGUAUUUUAAUGUCAAAAACACGCACCUUUAUUACAUAAAUCAUACUAAUUUUCUCAUAAAACUUCGUCGAAUGAUAACUACAGACGUUAUUAGCGGCGAAUCAGUAAUGUUUUCUUUAAAUCUACGUGUAUUUCUUCGAGGAAGGGUCCAAUGGGUAUACCAGAUAAAGUUUCAUAAUGUAGAUAAUGUGAAUAUAAUUUAAGUUAUUCAUGGUUCGUACUUCGGUACACCGCUAUCGUUGGCUUUUACACACUAUGGGCUGUUUAGUAUAUUCUACGUUUUUAUUUUUGUGUUGUGUUAGCUUAUAUUGCUCGGCGCAUGCGUGGGACGACAUGAUAAAUCGGUUCUUGCUUUAUUUUUCUCUAAGAUAGGCUCGACGUGGACGAGGAGUUAUUACAGUAUCUUAUCAACAGAAAAAUUCUGAUUUAAUGCGCAUUAGCGGGGACCGUUGAUUGCGUUAUAUAUCAUGUUAUUAUCGCUAUUCAAAUAAUGAACCGGUCGUAAUUUUUUUACGCGAAACUCAUUUCUUCUAUCCAAAAGUAAAAGGGUGAGGGGUUGUGUAUUAUAUUGAUAAGAAAUAUUAACAAAUGCAAUGAUUAGAAAUGAAUCGGAUGCAUUAUUUUACUGUAUACAUUCAUCGUCGACGUCGUGUCGCUACUUGUUUUGGGAUCAAUAUACGAUGUGACAGCUGUAAAACUCAACGAUACACUUUAAUAUUAAUGUAAACAAAUAUAGGCUAUGUCUAACUUACUGAGUGAAUGCAUUUUAUACAUAAAAAUUAUAUAGGUUUAUUAUUUGUUUGUGUACGUCGUGAGGCACGAGUUACACGCUUGCACACUAUUUUUGUACAAUAAAAAACCAUCAUGCCCUGAUAA